AUGUUGAUGAACUUGUCAUUGUUUUCUUGCAGUGCCUUUGGCAUCGCGACCGCUCUUCUUUUGGUCCUUAUUAUUGCGAGACGCAGAGUACAUCACUCUGGCUUGCCUUACCCCCUUGGUCCGAAACCUCACUCUGGCUUGCCUUACCCUCCUGGUCCAAAGCCUCUCCCCGUGAUUGGUAAUGCCUUGCAGAUGAGUAUCACCGCACCUUGGUUGGCAUAUACAGCAUGGAAGAAGAUAUACGGCGACCUGAUUCGCGUCCGUGUGAUGGGAAUAGAACUUAUUGUCAUCAACUCAGAGAAAACUGCACGCGCAAUGGUGGAUCAACGGUCUGCUGUUUACUCGGAUAGACCUGUGCUUCCGACGAAUAAAUUCUAUGGCAUCGAGUGGAACACAGUCAUGUUGCGUUAUGGAUCAGAACUGAGAUCCCAUAGAAAGAUGUUCCAUCAUGCUUUACAAGCAGAUUCAUCACGUCGCCAGCGUGAAAUUUACUUGUGCAGAGCUCGGACCCUUCUUGCGAAUUUGCUGAAUGACUCUCGAGGCUUCGAGGAAUAUAUUAAGAGCUUUAUCGCAGCAAUCAUCAUGGGAGUUACAUAUGGAUGCGAAGUGAAGUCAGAGAAUGAUCCGUAUGUCUCUACCGUGUCGCAAUUAGUCGCAAUCCUUGCGAAGGAGCAAACUCCUGAGAGAGCAGCCAUUCUCUUAGCAUUUCCUUUUCUUGCACAUAUCCCUGCAUGGUUUCCCGGUGCAAAGUUCAAGCGUGAUGCGUUGUACUCAAGAAAGUUGGCCGAAAAGGUGCUUGAUGCGCCUUUUGAGUUUACGAAAUUACAGAUUGUGACUAAUCUCCCAACGGGAACCGCUUCUUCAUGUAUGGUUUCGGAUUGCUUGAUGCAAAUAGACGAGAAGGGCGACCGUACAGCACAGGAGUUCACGAUCAAGGCGGCCGCGGCGACGGCUUUCAUCGGUGAGGGUCAUCCAACUACCUCGUCAAUGUUGCACGGAUUCAUUCUCGCCAUGGUUCUCUAUCCAGAAGUUCAGGCCAAAGCGCAGGCCGAAAUCGACUCCGUCGUAGGUUCGGCAAGGCUGCCGACCUUCGAAGAUAAACCUUCAUUGCCCUACGUCGAAGCUAUCCUCAGAGAGAUGUUUAGAUGGAACCCUGUGGUACCACUAGCGAUCCCGCAUGCUACGUCAAGCGAGGAUGUGUUUCAAGGCUACUUCAUACCAAAGGGAACAUGGGUGCUCAUCAAUGUCUGGGCGAUGUCUCGAGACGAGGAGAAAUAUCCAGAUCCAGAUGAAUUCAGACCCGAGAGGCACUUUGACUCAGACGGGUCGCUGAUUUCGGACUCGAUCCCGACCAGCCCUCUGUUCGGCUUUGGUCGACGGAUUUGUCCAGGACGGUUUGCUGCAGAGUCGAUGGUGUGGACUGCCAUAGUCUCUAUCCUCGCCACUUUUCGUAUAGAGAAGGCGAAAGACGUCGAUGGUCGCGAGAUUGACGUGAAGAAUCAGUUUACAACCGGGCUUGCGAUACACCCUGUCCCGUUCCGUUGCGCAUUUGCGUGUCGUUCUGCGCAAAAGGAGAAGAUGGUCAAAGAAGACAUUUGA